AUGCUGUUACUUAAAGUGGUCUCGAAUGUCCUUGUAUGGGGAAAUAUUUUCACCGUGGUUGUACGUGGACAGGGUAGAAUGGUGGACCCUCCUGGGAGAAGCAGCAUGUGGAGGUUUGGCUAUGAUACUCCUGCUAACUUCCACGACAACCGUCUCAACUGUGGAAACAGAAAACAACCUCUAACAUUAUUCAAUGGAAACUGCGGCCUAUGUGGUGAUCCAAGGGAUCAAGAUCCAAAAGAAAACGAGGCUGGUGGAAAAUUUGCCACGGGAAUCAUCUCAAAGUACUAUAAGAAGGGAGCGGUCAUUUCAAUCAAAAUACAAAAGUUAUCCAACAGCGAAGGUUUCUUUGAAUUCCGUCUUUGUGAAAAUAAUGAUGUGACGAAAAGAAUAACAAGAGACUGUUUGAAGCAUUUAUUGGUAAAUCCGGAGACCGGAGAGACGAGGUACCCUGUUUCAGCGCCUGUACAGUAUAUUGAUGUAUCAGCCAAGCUUCCUUCGGAUGUCACGUGUUCGCAAUGCAUCUUACAUUGGCGAUAUCGUACAGGAAAUACAGUUCAACCCAAAGAACGCGAAUGUGAAACAAGCGAUGAUCAAGAGGAAUUUUAUGCCUGCUCCGAUAUUGCGAUAAUGGACACUGAUAUACCGACCAGAACAAUACAGAAUGGAGGAGACAUAUCUUCUUUUCCUUUUAGUUCAAAUACGUCGAUGCAUCCUGAAGGACUCUCCAACAUACACCACUCCUCCUCAUAA